AUGACAUCCAUACAAUUUUUCAAACAUUCAAACCCCUCGCUAGUUCAGCAAUUUCUUCGCAACCAUUUCCCUACCUCGAUCCCCAUCUACCAACGCAUCCAAUCACCUCAAAACAUCCCCGAGCGGGAGGUUCUACUUCUAGCAAGCUUUCCUCCAACCUACGAUUUAAACGCCGCCGAAUUAAACAGAAAGGAUUCGGUAACAGUCUCACUUGUAGACCGCUCAAGGCAUAAGGAGUCUCAAAUCGCCAUUUUCAAUACACUAUGUCAGAGAGAUACCAAACCGAGCGACUUGUCACAAGAAUCUCGAGAAGUAUUAGCCAACCAACUACGUGAACUGCUACGAACCAUCCAUCUCAUUGGACAGAGCUAUUUGACCGCAGAUGUGAAACCACUCAACUAUCCAUUUUCGCCCACGAUUCGUUUGACGGCCUCACAUGAAGUGAUCGCGGACAUCCUUGUAGAGGAUCUAGCCGUCAAGCCGGAAUAUCGCUAUGAAUGGGAUGAGUUGAUAUUCUCCACGUCUCAAGUGAAAGAUAUGCUGGCCUCCAGGAAACUUCCUCGGGGAUAUGAACUCGGAAAAGUCCCGUUCGACGAGAUAGACUUGGUAACUGUCACGUCCAAAGUGGAGAGGCAGCCGGCAACUUUGCUCGAGAAUCACAACGCUGCAAUAUUAUAUACAAACCCUGCUAAUACUGCACGAAAGGAGCUUGUUGCAUGGGCAUACCUAUCAAUCGACCAAUCCUUGACAACGCUCUACGUCCUUCCAGAGCAUCGGGGUAAAGGUCUAGCAAAAACAGUUGCCGGUGCAGUGAUCCGAGAUCUAUGUGAUGGUCUUGUUGGAGGAGAGAGGAAGAUUCAGAGCGACUGGUGUUUCGCGCAGGUAGCUGCUGAUAAUCUAGAGAGUCAGAGUGUUUGUAGAUCGCUGGGAGCUACGUUUCAUAAGCGGACGGUGACUUUGGGGUUUGAUUUGGAUGCUUUGGUUGGGGGUAUAUCAUGA